AUGUCUCAAUAUGAUCGAUGCUCACGCAAUUCGGCAUGCGCCUGUUUCCAUGUACCUGGUGCUUCUAACACUGGAAUUUGUACUGAUCGAUACACAGUGACAUGUUCAGAGUUGACAUCGUGCAACCAUUCAACGAAUAAUUGCAGUCAAUCUGAUCAUAUAUGUGUUCAUCACCCUCAAUGUCGUGAUAUUCCUGUUUGCUAUCCAGUACCGAAUUACAAUAAACAAUUCUGUCCACCGAUAACAAUUAAUACUCCUGCAAAUGCCAAAUGGAUACAAAACGGAGUGACUGUUGCUGGAGGCAAUGGGGAAGGUAGUGCCACCAAUCAGCUCAACCGCCCUCAUGGUCUCUUCGUUGAUGAUGAUCAAACAGUGGUCAUUGCUGACUUGGGUAAUGAUCGCAUCAUUCAAUGGAAGAAUGGCAAUGCGACGAAUGGAGAAGUAGUUGUUGGUGGCAAUGGCCGUGGAAACGGAUUGCAUCAAUUGAAUCGCCCAACUGAUGUAUUGAUUGACAAAGUGUCGGAUAGUCUCAUUAUUUGCGAAUAUGGGAAUCCACGAGUCGUACGAUGGUCUCGUCGUAGUGACACAACACAAGGAGAAAUCCUCAUUGACAACAUUCACUGCCGAGGAUUGGCUAUGGAUGAUCAGAGAUAUUUCUACGUCUCUGACGUUGAGAAAGAUGAAGUAAGACGAUAUCAAUUGGGCGAGAAGAAUGGCACUCUCGUGGUUGGUGGAAAUGGUCUCAGUCAACUGAAAGAGCGGAGACAUCUCGUUGUCGAUCAACAACAGAAUGUCUACGUAUCAGACGAACGAAAUAAUCGUGUGAUGAAAUGGACUAAAGGUGCAAAAGAAGGCAUCGUCGUCGCUGGAGGUCAAGGCAGAGGAAAUGCUCUGACACAAUUGAAUGGUCCUAAAGGACUCUUCAUCGAUACAUUGGGUACACUCUAUGUAGCAGACUCGGCGAAUCAUCGUGUCAUGCGUUGGACUCAAGGAGCGAAACAAGGCACUGUAAUUGUAGGUGGAAACGGUCUAGGACCAGGAGCAAAUCAGUUCAACUCCCUCGAUGCAAGUUUGCUCGAACUUGGCACUCUUGCCCUCCCUAUUGCUUUGAUUUACCGAGGUCCUGCUGCGUGCCAUGGUUGUUCAGAGACGAUCGCCGACCGUUUACGAUCGAAAUAUCAAAUUAUCUAUGUUGGACCUAAGGAACAACUGGAUGUAAAUAAGGAUACAUUAUCUAUGGCACAGUUAUACGUACAACCAGGUGGAGGUGAUCUAGAUGAAACGUGGCCUCAUGUCCGUCGAUAUGCGUCACCUCUUCGUGAUUAUGUUCGUAAUGGUGGAAGAUAUCUUGGUACCUGUCUUGGUGCUUAUUUGGCUGGUACUUUACCCGGUUUUGAUCUACUUCCAGGUAGAGGACAAACCGACCAAUACAUUACAUCAAAAGGCGCUCUUAUCACUAGUGAAAUCGAUACUGUGGUACCUCUGUAUUGGCGAGGAAUACUGAGACAUGUCUACUUUCAAGAUGGUACUCGUUUAAUGAUCGAUCGAACAGCAGCACCUGCAGAAAUCCUUGCCGUAUACACCAAUGGUGAGAUUGCAGCAGCUGUGCAAAAUAAUGGAAAAGGACGUGUCGGAAUGGUUGGACCACAUCCAGAAGCUGACGAAAAUGAUAUGAAUUAUGAGAAUACAUUUCGUUAUUUAUUGAUCAUUUGUUUUAUUAUUCAUGCAAUAAAUGGUCAGACAAAAAAAAUUACAAAAGAAAAUGUAUUUGUUGGACAUUUUAGUAAUAAUAAAAAAUAUGCUAUCGAUGAUUGUAUACCAUUAGCAUUUGGUGAUUUUAAUGCCGAUAAAAUUGUUGAUAUUUUUUGUCGAAAUACAAAAGCUAAUAGUAUUGUAGUAAUGCUUAAUGAUGAUCGUUCGCCAACAUCGAAAGUACAGUAUAUAGCGAAUAUCACAGGAAUCAUUUAUGAUGCGUUAGCAGCUGAUUUUGAUGGCGACAGUAAACUAGAUCUAUUUAUCAUUUAUAAAACAAAAUCCGAUGAAAGCUUCUAUAGUGGCGGUUUCUUAUGGGGCGAUCGAGUCAAAUUAAGUGAUCUUCAGCCAAUAACUUAUUCAUUUCAAACAAUACCAACAACUCUUGAUGCAAAUGGUGACUCCUAUGUUGAAUUGUUAGGAAUGAUAAGUAAUGAUCAAAUUAAUUUUAAACCAGCUUGUUUAAUUUUCAAAAAUCGUACUGUAUAUAAUGUCGAAACGUUAAAUAAUGUCGAUGAUCUUUUUCCAAGUUCCACACAAGCUACAGUUGAUCUUAAUCAUGAUCUUGUUGCAGAUUUAUUUUUAACAAUUAAUCAUAAUAAUAAACCAAAAUUUCGUCUUUACGAAUUACCAAUCACUAAAAUGACAUUAAUUGUUGAAUACGAUCCGCCAGACGAUGUUGCUAUUUGUCAUCUAUCAACAUUUGCUGAUAUAGAUGCUGAUGGAGAGUUAGAACAUAUUCUACCAGUUUGUAUGAAUUUCGAUUGCUCAGAUAGUCGAAUUUAUGUACGCGAUAAUAAUAAAUGGUAUCAAUUACCAAUUGAUUUCGGCAAAGAUUUAAGAUUUCCUUCGAAGAAUGAAUUUCCACCGCCAUUCGAUCAAAUACCUAUUAGCAUUAAAGUAGCCGACUAUAAUCUUGAUGGUUUUCCAGACAUGGUGGCCGUUAUGAAAAACAGUUCAAAUGGCAAUACUGUUUCGAUUAUACUUCAAAAUCGUGCUUGUAGUGAUGCUAAUAGUGGAAAUUGUACUUACAAUCGAACAUUUGCACCUCAAAUAGAUGAAAUCUAUGUUUUAGCAGCAACAAAUACAACGCUUGCCGUCUUCUUUGAUGUUUUGGAAGAUGGUUAUCCAGAUUUACUCGUUUUACAAGGAAGUUCAAAACAGAACUUUCAAUUGAUUGGUUUUCAAAAUUCUCUUUUUCAAGAUGUGCAUUUUAUUAAAGUGAUGGUUCUUAGCACUUUUUCGUGUGAUACUUGUUCUCAUCAACGUAAAUUGCCUUACGGCAAUGAUCAACCUGGACAAUCAAUUAAGAUGGAAACAAUAACAAUUUUAGAUGGCAUUAAAGAUAAUUGGAUUCAAUUAUCAGCUGUUCAAAUGUCUCAAUCGGGUCAAUUAACCCUUGAAUUGCCUUAUGUAAUAAUUGGUCUUGGUGCAACACCGAAUUUCGUCGAAAAAAUUACAGUUGCUAUCCCACCGAAUAGUCAAUCGAAUCAAUUAAUUCGAACAUAUACACAAAUGAUUCCGAAUUCACAAAUCGUUGUUGUACCAUCGCCAUUAACGAAUCCAGAAAAAUGGCAUAGUAAACUAUUCAUAACACCUAGUCGGAUGAUUUUACACACAGGUAUCGCAUUAAGUGUGACAUUAGUUGUUCUAUCAGGUGUACUUGCUAUAUUGCAAUAUCGAGAAAAGAUCGAGGAUGAUCGUGAACGAAAAGUGCAAUCACAACGUUUUCAUUACGAUGCUUUAUAA